AUGGGUUUACAAGAUAGUGAAUUGUUAAAGAAAUACAUCAACUUUGAUGAAAAGAGAGCUGGGUCUUCCAGCAGAGCCAUCAUGUAUGGUUUAUUGGCUACCUUUGGUGGGUUCUUAUUUGGUUACGACACAGGUACUAUUUCUGGUGUUAUGGCUAUGGACUAUGUCAAGAGUCAUUUCCCUAAUAACAAAACGAAUUUCACUUCUGGUGAAAGUUCCUUGAUUGUUUCUAUUUUAUCUGUUGGUACAUUCUGUGGUGCUUUAGGUGCUCCAUUGUUUUCUGAUAGAAUUGGACGUCGUUGGACUAUAAUUUUAUCUACUUUGAUUGUUUUUAAUUUGGGUGUUAUUUUACAAACUGCUGCUAGUGAAAAGAAGUUAUUGAUUGCUGGUAGAGCUAUUGCUGGGUUAGGUGUUGGUUUAAUCAGUUCUGUUGUUCCUAUUUUCAUCUCUGAAACUGCACCAAGGUGGAUUAGAGGUUCCAUUGUUAGUACAUAUCAAUUCAUGAUUACUAUUGGUCUUUUAGUUGCUGCUUGUGCUAAUAAGGGUACUUCUACUAGAGAUGACUCUGGUUCUUAUAGAAUCCCAAUUGGUAUUCAAUUGGCUUGGGGUUUAUUACUUGGUAUUGGAUUUUUCUUUGCUCCUGAUACUCCACGUUUCUGGAUUUCCGUUUCCAAAGAAGAAAAGGCUAAGGAAUCUUUGUCAAGAUUAAGACAAUUACCUGUUGAUCAUCCUGACUUGAUUGAUGAAUACGAAGAAAUUAGGGCUAACUUUGAGUAUGAAAGUCAAUUUGGUAAUGCCUCAUGGUUACAGGUAUUCAAGAAUGUCAAUAGACAACCAAGAAGAUUGUUUACUGGUUGUGCUCUUCAAGCUCUUCAACAACUUACCGGUAUUAAUUUUAUCUUCUAUUUCGGUACUCAAUUCUUCACCAGUUCCGGUAUUGAAGAUCCAUUCCUUAUUCAACUUGCCACCAACAUUGUUAAUGUUGGUCUGACAAUUCCAGGUAUUAUUUUAGUUGAAACUUGGGGUAGACGUAGCUUAAUGUUGUUUGGUAGUUCAGUUAUGGCAGUUUCCCAAUUAAUUGUUGCUAUUGUUGGUGUUGCUCAACCUCAUGCUAAAGCCGCAAAUCAAACUUUAGUUGCAUUCAGUUGUAUUUUCAUUGCUGGUUUUGCUUGUUCUUGGGGUCCAUUGGCAUGGGCUAUUUGUAGUGAAAACUUUUCUUUGAAUGUCAGACAAAAGAGUAUUUCCAUUACUACUGCAUUUAAUUGGCUUUUCAACUUUGCUAUUGCUUAUGCUACUCCAUAUUUGGUUGAUCCAGGUAAGGGUAAUGCUAAUUUAGGUAGUAAAGUUUUCUUCAUCUGGGGUGGAUGUAAUGUUAUUGGUGGUCUUUUCGUUUACUUUAUGAUCUUCGAAGCUAAAGGUUUGAGUUUGGAACAAGUUGAUGAAAUGUAUAUGAAGGUCAAACAUGCCUGGCAAUCUAAAAAUUUUGUUCCUUCUGUUCAUGCUUUCAGAGACGAAACUACUGGUGUUCAUCGUAUUUCUUCUGAAAUGAAAGAUAAUGUUGUUCAUGUUGAAGAAGAUUCUGUUUGA